UCUGCUUCGCUCCGUCCUUCACUACGCCUCAUCUUCGUCCUUUCUCUCCGCUUUCUCCGAUCUAGGACGCAAGCAUGAGUGCCACACAAAAACAUAUUGAGAAGGCGAUUGGAGAAAUCAAACGCAAGGAGACCAUUCCGGAGAUCGACUUCACGCAGCACCAGCUCGAGAAUGGCUUCACGAUCUCGACACAGGAACGUGUAGUGAAAGAGGUACAAGCACCCGCUAUGACUGAACCCACCGAUGAGCAGUUUUUCUCUCGUGAGGACCCGACAAAACCAGACCAUACUUUCUUGAAGAAUCACUUCUACCGCGAGGGCCGUAUCAGCGAGGAACACGCAAUGUACAUCCUGGAGAAGACUACAGAGUUGCUGAAGGCGGAGCCUAAUCUACUCUACGUUGAUGCCCCCGUGACUGUCUGCGGUGAUAUCCAUGGUCAAUAUUACGACUUGAUGAAGCUGUUCGAACUUGGCGGUAGCCCAGCGAACACUAGAUAUCUCUUCCUGGGUGACUACGUUGAUCGAGGGUACUUCAGUAUUGAGUGUGUUCUCUACCUGUGGACACUCAAAAUGUGGUACCCCGAUACCCUCUUCCUGCUUCGAGGAAACCACGAAUGCAGACACUUGACCGAUUAUUUUACAUUCAAGCUCGAAUGCAAGCGCAAGUACUCCGAGCGAAUCUACGAUGCCUGCAUGCAGUCGUUCUGCGCUCUUCCUCUUGCCGCUAUCAUGAACAAGCAGUUUUUCUGCAUCCACGGCGGUCUGUCCCCUGAGCUCCAUACACUUGACGAUAUCCGUAACAUCGACCGAUUCCGCGAGCCUCCGACUCAAGGGUUGAUGUGCGAUAUGCUGUGGUCAGAUCCAGUUGAAGAUUUCGGCCAAGAGAAGACGUCGGAUAGCUUCGUGCAUAAUCACGUCCGCGGUUGCUCAUACUUCUUCACGUACCAAGCUGCAUGCCAGUUCCUGGAGCGAAAUAAGCUCUUGUCUAUCAUCCGAGCACACGAAGCCCAAGACGCUGGCUAUCGCAUGUACCGCAAGACGCGGACAACUGGCUUUCCUUCCGUCAUGACUCUGUUCUCCGCUCCCAACUACCUCGACGUGUACAACAACAAGGCCGCGAUCUUGAAGUAUGAGCACAACGUAUUGAAUAUCCGGCAAUUCAAUUGCACACCACAUCCAUACUGGCUGCCCAACUUUAUGGAUGCUUUCACGUGGAGUCUGCCUUUCGUCGGCGAAAAGAUCACCGAUAUGCUCCUUGCCAUGCUCAACUGCUGUACGAAAGAGGAGCUUGAGGAGAGUUCAGACGAAGAAGCACUUGUAUCACCAGCGCCCUCCGAAGACUCGGCCGAGCGCAGAAAGGUCAUCAAGAACAAGAUCUUGGCUGUUGGGAGGAUGUCUCGCGUAUUUGCCUUACUUCGUGAGGAGUCUGAAAAGGUUUCCGAGCUCAAGAGCGUGUCGGGGUCCGGCAAGCUUCCGUACGGCACCCUUGCGCUUGGCGCGGAGGGCAUCAAGGAUGCCAUCUCCGGAUUCGAAGACGCUCGCAAGUCCGAUAUUGAGAACGAACGUCUCCCUCCGGAACUCUACGACGCAAGCUCAGAAGAAGGCAAGGCGCUUAUGUCGCAGCCCGCCACGCCAGAGGCUGUACCGACCGCUCCGGUUCCUGCCAAUGGUGUCGCCGAGGCGUUGGAGAAGAUCGCGACGGGCACUGAGCUUGCUUCUCCAGCGGCAGCUGGGUCGCCGGUAUCCCCGACAUCCCCAAUAUCGUCUGUGCCCUCACCCUUCCGCCGCGGACACGGCCGCCAGGCCAGUCUCGGUACGACUAUGACCAGCCCCAGUACCCGCCGGAGAAGCUUGGAGAGUACCAUGUCACUCAUCAAGGAAGUCUACGAUAGCAAGACUCCUGUUGCUGACGUGGAGCUUGACAAGCUUGCGGACCAGGUUGCAGAGAAGGCCGCAGGGAAGAAUGGCACGACCGAUUCAGGACGGUCCUCGCCGGGGCCUGCGACCACGUCUGCGCCCGCUAUGAGCUGAUUAUGCACGCUUCAAGAAGGGCGCUUGCGCUGGAGUUUUGUGGCACUGGUUAAUAUAGCGAUUGGUGGGAUGGACGUACAUUAUGGAUAGAGCGGAGGUCCAUUACGGUCUAUGUAAUUGUUUCUCUUUGAGCUCGUUCUAUUUCCUCUCGAGAUACCUGUAAAUUCUGCAUACUGGACAAAAGGACAUACACUGAUGAUUGUUGGUUCUGUGCCUCGUGUAAGCUUCAAUGAUUUGUCCAGACACUGCGCGGUUUACAUAGUUCGAUGCAUUAUUUUCGGUCGUCACCGUACCAGGGGUAUAACAGACUAGACCAGGAAGACCAGGAAGCGGACC